CCGGAAGUAGCUUGGUUCAGCCUGUGCGCGUGCGAAGUAGUGUCUGCGUAAAGUUGAACGUCUUCUCACCUCCACUGUUUUCGGUGACUAGUCGCCAAAUUUCAUCGCCUGGACCCGUUGUGGUGUAGAGAAAGCAGUCAGUAAGGCAGGAGGAGGUGAAGUCAUGUUCCGAAUCCUCCAUCAUCAAGGUAAGGGAAUGUGCACCAGUCUCAUGGCCCAGCGGCGCUAUGAGCACCACAGGGCCGUCAUGGCUAUACGUCGCGAGGAUGUCAAUCCCUGGGAGAGGAGGGCGCCACUGGCACCACGACAUGUCAAAGAGCUCACAAAUGCUGGCGUAAAAGUCCUGGUACAGCCAUCCAACCGCAGAGCUAUUCACGAGAAGUACUAUAUGAAGGCAGGGGCUAUCAUUCAGGAGAACAUUUCAGAUGCAUCACUGAUAAUUGGAGUGAAGAGGCCGCCGGAGGAGAAGAUCAUUCCCAAGAAGACGUACGCUUUUUUCUCACACACCAUUAAGGCUCAGGAAGCCAACAUGGGGCUCUUGGAUGACGUACUGAAAAAGGAGAUCCGGCUCAUUGAUUAUGAGAAGAUGGUUGAUGCUAAUGGUUACCGGAUUGUAGCAUUUGGCCAGUGGGCUGGUGUCGCAGGUAAGAAAGGCUGCUGGGAUUCCUAAUCUUGUUAAUUAUUUCCCCGACUGUGUAGAAAGAGUUGCACUGUAGCAAACUUUGGGAUCAGUGAAGAUCAGGUCAGAUCAUGGACAGAAGUGAAUCAUUCGUAAAAACAUGGCCUUUAUCAUUUGAUCAGUCUGACCACUGUUGACACUGUUAACUUGGACUUGCAAGAUCAAAAUCUGUUAUUCAGUAUAAACUGUUACAGAAUUUUAUGUCAUUACUGACAUAAAAAAAUAAUGAAAGUAGGACUCAUAAGAAAUCCCUCUGUCCAGCCAUACUCUUCUUUCGUGUGCUCCCUUAUUUUUAGACAUGGAUCCGUGUGCUUGAUUCAGCACAUUUUUAUGCCGGAUCCCCUUCCUGAUGCAACCCUUCUAGGAAUUUAUGCCUCCUGGUCUUAAACCAAAGAUCUUUUGCAUGUUUGGAAAAUGUGCUAGACACUACACUAUUGACCCCAUACAUAAAUACCCACAAUUAGUUGGAUCAAGAAGAGCUCCUCCUGGCCCAGUGAAGUCAGAAAACAAAAGGCUUAAAGGGUUUAAGGGUGUUCUUUAUGACAAACAGUAAAUGGACUGGUUCUUGUAGAGUGCUUUUCUGUUCUCAUGAGCACUCAAAGCGCUUUAUACAGCUUACCUCAUUCAUCCAGUACCAAGAUGGUGAGCUCAGGUUGCGUGAAAGAAAACGUGUUUAUAGCAUAAACAGCACCAUUAAAUCAUUCACUGAGAAAAAUGCUAGUGGGAAUCCUUCAUCAAAGGACCUGAUCAACAAAUUCUAACGUGAAUAAGAACAAACUUUGUAGCUGCUCCAUCCACCGCUGCAGUAAGCCUCAAGAAGUUUUAUUAUUGAAACAUGCAGAUGAACCGUUAACUUGAUAGUACUGAGACUAUGAUUGAUACCUGAUAUCAUGUUUAAAUUGUACAGCUUAAUGAAUUCUGACGGCAGCCGUACUUGUAGAUACCUGCAGUAAGCAGGCUGUAAUUAGGGUUGCCAACUCCCUGAAAAAUAAAUAAGGGACACCUCGUGGCCAGGGCCGGGCAACCCAGUUGUCUUC